AUGUCAACACCACAUCCCCUACACACGCAACUCUCCACCUCCCUCCAAAUACGCCACAAUCUACCCGUCAAUCCACAAUGGCUGACCGACUUCCUCUCAUCCCGCGGUCCAACACCUCCACCGUUCCCCGCGCUAUUAUCUACAGCCCAUUUCCGCAUUCUCGCCAGCGACAUCACGACUUCUCUUCGUCCUGUAAGCGCAGGGGAUGUCCUUCCUCCGGACGUGAGCGACGUGAAUGUCAAAGAACGCCGGCUCGCAGGAACCGUGAUCGUGCAGGUCCUGGAUGUCCUCGACGUGGGGAGUAGUAAGUGGAGUCAAGUCGAGGCGAUCGAGCGCGUCGAGAAUGGCGAGGAGAUCCGUGGUCGAGAAGUCAUCCGCACAGUCGAUGUUAUGGAGGAGGGAGACGAUGGGUCUGGUGGUAUCGACCCUGCGGCUACUUCUGGUGGUGGUGUUGGUGCGAGGCCGUCCGGUCGAACGAACGGAACUACAGCAACAACAACAACGUCAACAGCAACAGCAAAUUCGGGAUAUGCUGCCAACCCGAACAAGUUGAGUCUAGGUCCUCAUAAGCUGCUGUUACAGGAUGCAAGGGGUACAAAGGUCCUGGCGUUUGAGCUGGUCAGAGUUCCAGGUAUUGGGCUUUCUAUCUCUGCGUCGGCUGCUCGUCCUUCUGCUACAUCGAAUGGUGCCAGAGCCAACACUAUACCAACGGAAGAUCCGGGGAUGUUUAUUGGGUGCAAGAUCCUCCUUAAACCGGGAACCGUGGUGCGCAGGGGAAUGGCAAUGUUAACGCCCGAGAACUGCGUGCUGUUGGGCGGCAAGCUCGAGGCAUGGGAUAGGAAGUGGAAGGAGGAGCGCAAGCAAAGACUGAUAGCCAUGUUGGGCGAAGAGAAUGGUGCCGCUGUGCGUGGUUAG